AAUACUUGGUCUCUAGUGUUCGAUCAUCAGGCGGCUUUAGACAGCUCUAGUGCUUUAUCGUACCCCCGGUAGCAGUAGAAAGAGAAACCAGAAUAAUCCCAAAAUGCGGUUCUUGAUUGCAACUAUUGCCCUGUUCGUUCUGGCCGUGGCACUUGUGUCCGCUCUUCCGGCGGUGAACGAUGAGUCAAUCAUUGGCGGCGAUGUGUACGAGGCGGAGGUUGAUAGCUUCAACCCGCAGGAUCCGCAAGCCUUCCUGAAGCUGAAGAAGCUGAAGAAGUUGCUGUUCCUCGGAUAGAUCCCUCUAGGAUAGCUGUAGCCACCGUCAACGUGCCAAAGUGUCCCUUCAAUAUCCUGGGGAAUCGCCUCUGGCUGGCCUGAACCUUGCUGGCCGGCACUUCACUCCAAUCAUUCUUCCCUUCACUUCCACUCCUAGCGAUAGAAGCAUUUCCUUUCCUGGCACCACCGGUCCCGAUGCCGUAUCCUAAGUGUUUUAUUAACGUUAAGUCAGUGUGUGUGUUUUUUUCUGAAAUGAAAAUGUUUCAAGUUUGCUCAAGAAGUGUCCGUCAAAUCAAUCAAAGCUCCACUAGUGUUGCUCCGCAUCUUCAUUGGUUCAAUGAAAAAGGAGUCAAAAACCCAAGGCCAUCCUUAUUAAUGCAUCCAAACCAUCCAUUGUACUGAAAGGAAUAAAAGUGCCACCAUGUUUUCCGAUGA